UGUGUCAUGGCGGCCUCCAGCUGAAACCUGCAGUUUUCGGACAGUGGCGUGUUGAUUCUGUUUCUUUGGACUGGUGUUUCCCAGUUUUGGGUAAAUAUGACAAAUGGAUUCACUGUUAAAGAGGAUUUGAGGCUUAUUGCAGUUAACCAAGGGAAGAUGCCUUCUGCAUCCUGUGAUAAUGUACUGGAUGACAUAGAAGAUAUUGUGUCACAUGAAGAUUCAAAGCCACAAGAUAGGCAUUUUGCCAGAAAGCACAUCGUUCCAAAGGUGCGAAAGCGAAACACCCAAACAUAUAUGCAAGGGGAAGAUAGUCCACCAAGUGACAGCACAAUUCCAGGAAUACAAAAAAUUUGGAUACGGACAUGGGGUUGUUCUCAUAAUAAUUCCGAUGGAGAAUAUAUGGCUGGACAAUUAGCUGCUUUUGGAUAUCAAAUAACAGAAAAUGCAUCAGACGCAGAUUUAUGGCUCCUGAAUAGUUGUACUGUAAAAAACCCAGCUGAAGACCAUUUUAGAAACUCAAUUAAUGUGGUAGAAUACGAUCAAAUUCUUGAAAUUGUAGAAACACUGUUCAUGAUAUUUAUAAUUGCAAGGCAAGCAUUUGACAUGGUUGAGUACUUCCUUCUCUUUGAACUUCCUUUUAUCCUUACUUUGAUCAUAUUCUAUCAGAAGUCAUAUAAAGUCUUCAUAAAGCCAGUUCAACAGAUAGAUCGUGUGGUGGAAGUUGUGGAGGAAACAAUUAAAGGUCACUCUGUGAGACUGCUGGGUCAGAAAAAGGAUAAUGGAAAACGGUUGGGCGGAGCACGAUUGGAUUUGCCAAAGAUUAGGAAGAAUCCACUGAUAGAAAUAAUUUCCAUCAAUACUGGGUGCCUCAAUGCUUGUACCUACUGCAAAACUAAACAUGCCAGAGGAAAUUUAGCCAGUUAUCCCAUUGAGGAACUAGUGGAUAGAGCCAAACAGUCUUUUCAAGAGGGUGUUUGUGAGAUAUGGUUGACCAGUGAAGACACAGGGGCGUAUGGCAGAGAUAUUGGCACCAGUCUCCCCACUCUGCUUUGGAAACUGGUUGAAGUGAUUCCUGAAGGAGCAAUGCUUAGGCUUGGCAUGACAAAUCCACCGUAUAUUUUAGAGCAUCUGGAGGAAAUGGCAAAAAUCCUUAAUCACCCCAGAGUCUACGCUUUUCUACACAUACCAGUCCAGUCUGCCUCUGACACUGUACUCAUGGAAAUGAAAAGGGAAUACUGUGUGGCUGACUUCAAAAGAGUGGUGGAUUUUCUGAAAGAGAAAGUUCCUGGAAUAACUAUUGCUACAGAUAUUAUCUGUGGUUUUCCUGGAGAAACAGAUCGAGAUUUUCAGGAAACAGUGAAACUUGUUGAAGAGUACAAAUUUCCAAGCCUCUUUAUUAACCAGUUUUACCCAAGGCCUGGAACUCCUGCUGCAAAAAUGGAACAGGUUCCCGCACAAGUGAAAAAGCAAAGAACAAAAGAUCUUUCUCGGGUGUUCCAUUCUUACAAUCCAUAUGGUCACAAGAUAGGUGAACGACAACAAGUGUUAGUAACAGAAGAAUCUUUUGAUUCCAAGUUUUAUGUUGCACACAAUCGAUUUUAUGAGCAGGUUUUGGUGCCAAAGAAUCCCCCAUUCAUGGGGAAAAUGGUGGAAGUGGACAUUUAUGAAUCAGGGAAACAUUUUAUGAAAGGGCGACCAGUGUCUGAAACUAAAAUAUACUCACCAUCCAUCAGCAGACCUUUAGCAAAAGGGGAAGUCUCGGGUCUAACAGAGGAAUUCAGAAAUAGGCUUGGGAAUCACCUGAGUUCACCAGUUGCUACAACUCAAGGAGUCUCAGCAAGUUCCAGACUGGCACUGAAAUUUCAACGACUGCAUCAAGACUGUGCUCUGAGGAUGUCUGUGGGCCUGGCUUUGUUUGCUUUUCUUUGUGCUUUUUUGGUCAGAGUCUAUAAUUAAAAUACAACUAAAUUAAGCAUCUCCGAAGAAUACAUUUCUAAUUAGAAUUUUCAAUGAACAGAAAAGUGACCAUAGCUGUUCUCAAAGGGCAACAAUUUAUACUGGUCUCAUUGUCUCCUCUUCAGCUACAACUUUUUAAUGAGGCCAACCCCAUUACACUUCAAGAUGGAACCACUGCUUAUUUGACCUAAAGCCUAAUAACAGCUGCCAUUGCAUAUCUUUUAAAUUAAGCCUCUUUUGGCUUAUUUUUAGCCAGAAAUUCAAACAGUUGCAGUUUCCUUAAAUCUCCCAUCUUCAUCAGAACCUAAUUGUACAGAGGCUCUGGUCACCUUUUUCUUAUGUGGGAAGAAUUUUCAAUCUGUAAUAAACAUGUUUAAAUG